GCCGGCCGGCAUCGCCGCGGCGGGCAGCGCGGCGGAGGGUGCUGCCAGCGCCGGGAGGGAGCCGCGGGGUGCGCGAAGAUGCUGUCCUACAGCGUGCUGGACGCCAACGUGGUGGACGUGGAGAAGAGAAGGAACCCCUCGAAGCACUACGUCUAUAUCAUCAAUGUAACAUGGUCAGACCUGACCUCCCAGAUCAUCUACCGGAGAUAUAGCAAGUUCUUUGACCUGCAGAUGCAGCUUCUGGACAAGUUCCCCAUUGAAGGAGGCCAGAAAGACCCCAAGCAAAGAAUCAUCCCUUUUCUUCCAGGUAAGAUCCUGUUCCGAAGGAGCCACGUCCGAGAUGUAGCUGUGAAGAGGCUGAAGCCCAUUGACGAGUACUGCAGGGCGCUGGUUCGACUUCCCCCUCACAUUUCACAGUGCGAUGAAGUCUUCAGGUUCUUUGAGGCUCGCCCAGAAGACCUCAACCCUCCAAAAGAGGACUAUGGAUCUUCAAAGAGAAAAUCAGUUUGGAUGUCCAGUUUGUCUGAGACUCCAAAAAAGAGCGUCGCUCCAGGUGCUGAUGCUAGCUCUGAACCCAUGAUCCUGGAACAAUAUGUGGUGGUGUCCAACUAUGAGAAGCAGGAGAACUCUGAGAUCAGCCUCCAGGCUGGAGAGGUCGUGGAUGUCAUAGAGAAAAACGAAAGCGGAUGGUGGUUUGUGAGCACUGCAGAGGAGCAGGGCUGGGUCCCUGCUACAUACUUGGAAUCCCAAAAUGGAACCAGAGAUGACUCUGACAUCAACACAUCCAAAACAGGGGAAGUUUCUAAGCGACGCAAGGCUCACCUGAGGCGCCUGGACCGGCGAUGGACGCUGGGCGGGAUAGUCAACAGGCAGCAGAGUCGAGAAGAGAAAUAUGUCACUAUCCAGCCGUACGCCAGCCAGGGGAAGGAUGAGAUUGGGUUCGAAAAAGGGGUCACCGUGGAGGUCAUCCAAAAGAACCUGGAAGGAUGGUGGUACAUAAGGUAUCUUGGCAAAGAGGGCUGGGCCCCAGCUUCAUACCUGAAGAAGGCUAAAGAUGAUCUUCCAUCUAGAAAAAAGAACUUAACUGGGCCAGUGGAAAUCAUAGGAAACAUCAUGGAGAUCAGCAACCUGCUGAACAAGAAAUCCACUGACAAGGAAACUCAAGCAGAAAAUGAGGCCUCAGAAACACAUAUCACCAAGAAGGAAAUCAGUUUGCCUAUUCUUUGCAAUGACUCGAAUGGUAAUGCCAUGAUGACACCGGACAAGCAGGCUUCCAAACUGGCCCAGGGAUCUCCAGCCAUAGCAAGGAUAGCACCACAAAGAGCUCAAAUAAGUUCUCCAAAUUUAAGAACAAGGCCACCUCCACGAAGAGAAUCCAGUCUGGGUUUUCAGUUGCCCAAACCACCAGAGCCACCCUCUGUGGAAGUGGAAUACUACACCAUUGCAGAAUUCCAGUCAUGUAUCUCUGAUGGGAUAAGCUUUCGCGGUGGACAAAAGGCAGAGGUUAUAGAAAAGAAUUCUGGUGGCUGGUGGUAUGUGCAGAUUGGAGAGAAGGAAGGAUGGGCUCCAGCAUCUUAUAUUGACAAGAGGAAGAAGCCAAAUUUAAAUAGAAGAACUAGUACUUUAACCCGCCCAAAAGUUCCUCCCCCAGCACCACCCAGCAAACCUAAAGACUCUGAAGAAGGAACAACUGGAAUGGUUUCUUCAGGGGAUACCCAGGACUCUCCCCACAAGCUCAAAUACGAAGAACCUGAGUAUGAUGUGCCUACCUUUGGCUUUGAUUCAGAGUGUGAAGUAAAUGAAAGUCAUCGUGAAGAGGGCACUCCUGAAAAACGACUAUUUCAGCCCCUCAAGCCCUCUCCCGUGUCAUCACUUCAGAAAGCAAAGUUCAAAGUAGGCGAGUCUUCAGAGGAUGUUGCUAAUGAAGAAGAGACCAUCUACGAGAAUGAGGGAUUCAGGCGUUACGUGGAAGAUGCUUUGUCCAAUAAGGAAUCUAGUGGAGACUCUGAUUCCCAGAAAAGCUCUUCUCUCUCUUUGAUUCGAAGGAACUCUCCGUGUUCCAUCUCUCCUAAAUCAUCAUUCAUGAAGCCCAAGAUGGAAAAAGACAUCCAGCCCGAUGUUGGAAAAUGUCACUAUUCUAGGAGUGAGGAGACAAAACCAAGAUCAGCUUCGGAUGUUGGCUUACGUAGCAUGCCAAGAACAGGCAUGAAGAAAGAGCCUGGGCAGAGUCCUUCCAUUAGAGCAAAACCAAUUGUUAGGCCCAAGCCAUUCCUGAACAAAGCAGAUUCUCAGAGUCAAGAGAAGAUGGAUAUCAGCACUUUAAGGCGUCAGCUGAGGCCAACUGGGCAACUCAGAGGUGGACUUAAAGGUUCAAGAAGUGAAGAGUCUGAAAGCCCACCACACACAGCUUCUGAAAACCACGAUGACCAUGUUAGGAGGGGCUCAGCUGACCUCAUUACAGCUCCUUCCCGUGGCAUUUUCUGCUCUAGCCAUCCAGCCAAAACUGAGCAAGAAAAUGAUACCAGGUGUUUCUAUGUGACCACUGACUCAUACCAGAAGGUGCAGGAUUCUGAAAUUUGCUUCCCAGCAGGUGUAGAAGUGGAAGUGCUUGAAAAGCAAGCCAGUGGGUGGUGGUACCUGAAAUAUGGAGAUAUGGAAGGCUGGGCUCCUUCCCAUUACUUGGCUCUCCCUGAUAACCAGCAAGAAACAACGUCAGUGGAGACCGAUGCCUCGUUUGCCAGGAACAGGAAAAAUGAAAAUAAAUCAAACAGCUUAGAGAAAAUAGAGAAGAGGGUUCAGGCUUUGAACACCAUCAACCAGAGCAAACGUGCAACACCUCCCAUCCCAAGCAAACCUCCAGGUGGAUUUUCAAAAACAUCAGGACCCGUAAAAAUGAGGAAUGGUGUGAGGCAGCUUGCUGUCCGGCCUCAGUCGGUGUUUGUGUCUCCACCACCUAAGGAUAACAACUUGUCAUGCUCCUUGCGCAGAAAUGAGUCUUUAACAGCCACAGACCAUCUCAGAAACGUGCGUCGGAAUUCCUCCUUCAGUAAUGCACGGUCACAGCCAGGUGAUGUGAAGGGAAAGCAGCCUGAGAGGUCAGGCUCUGAGGGUUCAGAGACCACCUCCAACCUCCCAACCCAGAGGAAUGGGAUCCCUGUGUCCACUGUCAGGCCAAAACCCAUUGAAAAAUCCCAGUUCAUCCACAACAAUCUCAAGGACAUCUAUGUUUCGAUUGCAGACUAUGAAGGGGAUGAGGAGACUGCAGGGUUUCAAGAAGGUGUCUGCAUGGAGGUCCUUGAAAGGAACCCAAAUGGCUGGUGGUACUGCCAGAUCAUGAAUGGUGUGAAGCCAUUCAAGGGCUGGGUGCCCUCAAAUUAUUUGGAGAAAAAGAACUAAUAUUGCAAUAUCUUUAACCUCCCUAAUUUAUACUGUUCCUGCUGUGUACAUGUGGAAAAAAACAACUGCUAUACAAAAAGACCUUUCCCACAUGCCCCAGUUUGUACAAAGGGACGAAGGAGUCUGUGCUGAGGACAAAUCUGUCGUGUUCUGGAGAGGUUUGUGGGGUUAACAUGUUGUAAACAACUAUGAGGAAGAUGCAGCAGUCAACUGCCUUUUUGUGAAGUUGUUAAUAAUCUUGUAUGUGUAACAGGGUAUGACAUCCCAUCUUUCCCAUUAUUGAUAGGAAACCAAAUGUGUGCCUUUCAUGAGAGAAAUACACAUGCAUCUCAACUUGGGGAGUUCUGUGCCAAACUCUUUUACAAUCUUGGCUCCCUUUUCUCCUCAUUCUUGUCCAUACGUGGAAUACCCAAGAGUUUCGGAUGCAUUUCUACAACUUGCAGUGAGAAGCAAAUGGAAUUUCCUGAAACACAGAGGGACUCUAAUCCUUUGGAGAAGCUUUUUUUUUUUUUUUUUUUUUUUUUUCUCUCAACAGUUGGUUGAUUCAGAGUUGGAGCCUUUUCAUCGUGGAGAGAUUUGGUCUCUGACUUCAGCUGUGUUUUGUUGUUACUGCUAACUCACCCAAAAUGGCGAUCAGGUGGUGUUGGUUGGGGGGCUCCUUGUUUCCUUUCUUUCUGUCUCCUUCUUUGAGUUGAUUUCAGGUGUUCUAGGGCAACAAUGCCUACUGGUGCUUGUAAAGACAAACCUACAAACCCUACGCUUAAGCACAUUUAUUACUUUGUAGGCUCCCUAUUUAGUUCUGUGCCUGACUUCUGCCAGGAGAUCCUGGUUGAGUCUUUAUUUACAGAACUGGGUAUCUCGAAACUUGUCAUAAUAUCAAAAUGUACAAAAGUCCCUUAAGACACUGAAGACAUGGCUGUCAAACGUGUUGCUUCUGCUUUUCUUGCAGUCUGGUCCAAAUCCAAGCAUACUGUCUACUAGCAGGGCCCACAAAAGUAUUAGUUAGAAAUAGCUGUAGCCUUCUGCAACAUCAGUGUUUACAAUGAGGGGGAAAAAAAGCCAUCAAACUCGGUCUGCACAUCCUUAAUUUGUAUAUUUUUGGGGAAUUGUUUUUCCAUGUUUUGUUUCUUUUCUGUGCAUUCUGGGUUAACUUUCUCUCUUUUUUUUUUUUUUUUUUUUUUUUUGGUCUUGGUUUACCAGAAAAGACUUAAAACUGAAGUAGGAGCCAAAUAUGUGUUUCUGUUCCCACUUGAAUCCAAGAAGUACAUUUGUACUGGAAAGUGUGUCUGGGCUUUUCGGGCUCAGAGAUUUAAUAUCAAAGCAAUUAAGUCUAAAACACAUUAACCAGGAAGCUGCCUCUUCUAGUUCCAUUUCUGUUUGCUUUUUUUUUAACUCAUGCUUUGAAACGUGGCACUUGGUGAAGAUCGUGCAGUGGGAAAUAGAAGAGGCAUCCAUUGGAGAAGGCUUUGGAAUAUGAAGUUAUUCUUGAGGUAGCCAACUCUUGUACUGUAAACAUCAUUGGCCAAAUCCCUACUGUACUUGAGAAAGCCUUGCUUGUUUUUUUUUUUGUUUUGUUUUAUUUUUAAAAUGGUUCUGUUAAUCACUCGAAAUCAAAAUCUAAUUCUUUUAAAUAAUAGGCAGUCUUGUAUGUCUGUUUUAAGGGGGAAGAUGCAUACUAUUUCACUACUGGUUUACGCAAGAUGAUGCAUGCCCUUUUUUUCCGCCAGAGCUUCAUACGAUUUGGCUUGGAAGGUAAAGGUUACAAAGACUUUAAAAUAGCUGGGAUCAAGGGUCUGAGUAAAAUAGCACAAGAAUAUUAUGUGUUACCGGGGAUGUUUCUCUGCCAAAAAAAAAUUACACAAUUUAUACGUUGUUCUUGUCUUUAUUCUUAAUUCUUUUCUGGGGGGUGGGGUUUUUAAUUUCUAUGGUAAUAAUGAGAGAGUUGCCUACAGCUAACCUGUCUGAUAUCCUUUAGGUGGCUGAAACAACAUCGAAGUGCCACAACAGGCUACAAGCAGUGCUGUGGUUUGAGCAGCUCUCAGAAUCCAGGCAGGGAAGGGGGGGGAGGGUGUUUGGGAUCCCUUUAAAUUGCAGUGGCAGGAGAAGGAGGUGUAUCUGCACAACAGCUCGUAUCAGUGUGCUGGGCCCUCUUUGUACCCUACGUCUUACUAUAUAAUAUAUAUGUAUGCAUCCAGUUGGCUCCAUCUUACUGGAUGUCUAUAUGAGGCAUUGUGGCCCUGUCUCAUACUUCUCCCCAUUUUUAGUUGUACUAAUAUGGUCGCAGCUGUAAAAGGCUGCUGGAGCUGUUGUGAGAUUAUAAUAGAAGUAUUAUAUUCUUCUGCUGGACAGUAUUAAAUAGAGCAAUACAUAGAGUUAUCUGCUAGAUUGCAGUACUAAUAGUAGUGACUUAGUGACUUGUAUUAAUGUUAUGAUUUAUUUUAACAAUAAUGAUGCGGAAGUGGUUCAUUAUUUUGAAUUAAUGCACUUUAACAAUAAAAGAAACCAAAAUGGAAGCCAAUGCAGAGAACUAAGUGCAUUAUUUAAAGGUGCAGUAUAUAAUUAUCAUUUUCUUGAAGCACAUAUUUAUUAAGAAUUAACUUAUUAUUUAAAAUAUUCUGAAGUUGUUUAGAGACAUUCCCACCAAGUCGUCUCUUUGGGGGGAUGUAGAAGCACAGCUCCCAGAUCUUCUGCAUUGAGCCACUGAAUUCUUCAAGUAUGGUGCAGAGUGAUGUGAGCCCCCCUCCCCCCCCUUGUUCCCUGCCCAGGGAGAGGAGAGAAGCAGACGGUUCGGACAGGAGAGCCCAGGCUGCAACAAAUAGUCACACUUGCAUCCAGCAAAGCUGAGCCCAGAGUAUCUCUGAGCUGCAGGAGUCCUUGUAGGGUUUGAGAAGGAAAAGCUGCUUUUUGUGGCCAUUUGUGACACUUGGUGCCACAUGCCUUGCACGAUGCUGAAUGGCACAGAUGGAUGGUGCUUGCAUUAUCACUGGGCUUUUCUCAAGCAUCAGCCCAAUGCUCACAUUGGCCCAAUUGCUCCUUUAUCCCAUCUUGAAAGCUUUGUGAGGGCUGAGGAAAGCCAGAGCAUAUAGAUGAGGCUGCAAAGCCAGUGCUGUUGUGGCUGCCCCCUGCCCUUCUUUCUCAACCUGCACCCGCAGAAGGGAUGGGUGCAAAUUAGCUGCUUGUUGUCAGCAGUGAGUGAGGGCUGCUGCCUGACAGACUGGGCUUCACACUCAGUUGGAAGGCUCGGGUUUGGACUUCCCUUUAUUUGUUGCUUGUACUUCCAAAGGGCACUUCUAAAGCAAAUACCAUACCCCAGCAGCCCCCAAAAAUACAGUUAUUUUCUUUUUUGUCCUCUCGCUACCAUCACAGGUGAUUUAUUUUUGUUAUUUUUUUAUUCUUUCAACUGAAAGAUAUCAGGUCAAUUUUGUUUUAUUUUAUUUUUCCAUUGGCAAGCAGCAAGUUCCCCAGAAUUGCAAGCCAUGUUCCUCGUUAGCUGUGAAACAGAGGGAAAGGCCCUACAGUCCAUCAGAGAAGCUGACUGCAGGGCAAACCUGGAAGGGGGGGCUCAGAGGACCGUGCAGUGCUGGAAGCGUUUUAGCUCUUCUCUGAAAUGUUCGUGUCGCCUUAAGCUUUAUUGACUAAAUUUGUCAGAACUGACACUGGAUCAAGAGCAAUAUUUAAACAUAACAUACACCUCAGUGGGCACUCAAUGCAGAAAUCAGUAGUACUGUUCGAAUCUCCCUCUUUCUGUCUGUUCUUGCACCAGACGGAAGAGGAAGAGCUCCGAGGGGCCCCGGCGAUGCCAAUUGCAGCAGAAGGGAGCCCUCAGCUGGGGGAGAGGUGGCUGCUGUCACCGCUGCCCCUGCUGUCCCAAAAGCCUUGAAUUGGAACCAACAGAGAACCCCAAGCCCAACGCCAUAGAACGAAAUUUGAGAAUGUGAAAACUGCGUCUUGCUGUAUACUGCAACUUUAAUAAUAAUGAGCACUUCUGAGUUCGUUAUUGAGGUUUAUAUAAUGCCUGAAAGAUUUAAUUGCUGUUUUCCUCUGUCUCCCAGUUCAUCCCGCUUUCUUCUAACAGCAGUGAUAUGGUUUUGUUGGCUGCCCUUCCCCGUGGGAGGCAGUUCCUGUUAAUUCUUCUCUCUCAUGCCUUGCAGUGGGUGGGUGCAGCCAUAUGUACCAGUCCUUUGCAAGCCAAACUUUCCAAGAUAAGAGAUGCAAUGGGCAUGUGCCAGGAUCUCAAAUCCCUGUACAAAAACAGCACAUGCUCGGUAAUUUCACAGAUUGAAACUGGCUCAUGGUUUGACUCCUAAAAAUGGAUUUUCACAUGCACUGGUACAGCUAAAACAUGGAUGUGGCCCUUGUAGAUGCACUCCAAGGGCUCUUUCCAUUGCGAUGCUAUAAAGUUCGACGAAGGCAUUAUAUGACUGUUUCCAUCACUUUCAGAUCUUAAUGAAUCGUAUUUUAUUGUAAUAUAUAUUCAUUGCUUUCCUCAGUUAAAAAGAAAGUUACUGCUUUUAUCUUAUAUGAAAAACAAGGGAAUUUGGUAAAGCAUUCAUUAUUUUCAUAUUCCUAGUAUUAACAGAAUAGAACUAGUACUAUUUAAUUUUAGAUCUUCAUAGCUAGCUUGUUAAUAACUCAUAUUUUCCUGUGUUGUAUCCUACUAUUUUUUUCUAUUUUUUUUCCCAAAUACUCUGCAUUCUUGAGGAAAAAAAAAAAUCAAAUCCAGUGAGUGGAUAAGUGCAAUAUUCAUAGAAUAAACAGGCCCCUCAUCCAGGACUUGGAGUGGAACGUGCAGUGUGAAAUGUUUGCAAUUCUCUAUUCAUGCACUCUUAUGGGAACAGGAGAUGCAGGGGAGGGGACAGGUGGAUGAAAACGGGACCCAUGGGUCGAUAGGGAUGGAUAGCUGGGGCUGUUGGCCUGGGAAUGGCUGCUUGUCAUAGAGAGCAUCACCUGGUACUAAAAGUGUAAGGAUUAUGCAGCAUGUUGCCAGGUUUGUGUAUAGGGUGUGCAUUAACGUCCUUAUUAAUACAGGACUUCUGAGCUAUGCUUUAAGUACUCUGUAUGUCAUCCUUGCAUGAUACUGCCUUCUGGUUUGUCUCUGCUGGUGGUUGUCCUCUUUUGCUUCAGAAUCAAUAACUUAAGAAGGGAAAAUACUUCUGUUGGUGCUGUCCCAAGUUUUGAUACUGUACUGUUAUUUGUAUUUAUUCCAAGGGUUGUGGAAGUGUAUUUCUACAGAUCCUCAUUCCUUUUUUCCCUUAGGUUAACAAUAAGGAAGAAAGUCCCCAUUUUAUCUGGGUUAUUUCUCACCUGCAGAAUUUCACAGCUAAUUUGAUUUUUGAAAUCCUGGUUCCUGGCUUGCAAAGGAUGAUCUCUGAGUUCCAAAGUAAAGCUGAGCAGAAACUCUGCUCUUAAAAAAAAAAAAAAAGAAAGAAAGAAAAAAAAAAAAGUUAAGUCCUAUUUGAAUGGAUGGAGAGCUUCCACCUGUCCAAAGUCAUGUGACCAUCCAGGUAGCAGCAAAGCCUCUUUGAGAAACUGGACUGUUUUUAUGAGAUCCAAAAGUAAUGUGAAAGACGGAGCAUUGGGUUCUUUGAGCUGUGGGGAGCGCGUCUCCCAAAGCUCUACUUCGUGUCCCUGGAGGGCAGUUGUACCUCAGCCUUCUGCUUAAUUCUUGUCCUGCUGCUCUUGCGUCUGUGAAAAGGCCUGGCUAUUACCAGAGACCUUUGCAUUCAAAUAAGAACUGAGUUCUGCAGCUGUAUUGAAGUACAUGUUUUUCAAAAUCAUGUCAUUGAUACUAACGCUUUACAGAUGAAUCUUGUUUUGGGGAACCAACCUAAUUCUUUCACUUGCUCUUGUCCAAACCAGCUAGAAGUCUGGGAGCAUCAGUAGGGGUGCAAUGGCACAAACCCUCAUGAGCUCUCGCCACAGCCCAUUCUCCUAAAGGAGCAUUGGGAGUGCUGAGCCUGGGGCUGCCAUGCACCAUCUGCUCCAUGCAGGUUGUGCGGCUUUGUAAGACCCACUGGAGCUUCACUGCUGUCUUGCCGGUGUCUUUCCAACACCAGCAGCUCCUCUGGCAACUUCAGAUGUUAUUUAUCCAUGUAGCAAAGUGUUGUGUGUAAAUUCAGUGUAAAUUCAGUGCUGCCAACAGCACUAACAGAAUGGUUCAAGAGCAAAUGUUUAUUUUUGUCCCAUUUGCUUUUAGUUGUUUGUUAGAAGCAGGGACCACCAAUGUGGCAAUGCGUAGGGAAUGUGUCUGCAUGCUUGAACUCUUCAAUGGCCUCUGCUAGCUGUGCCUGGUGCUUCUAUUUCUCUUUCUGUCCCUCUGUGCUGCUCAGUGGUCACAUCUGUUGUUUGUCUGUAGCUUCAGAUAAAGUACUGUAUGUAGGGCCGCAUCCAGAGUCCCCUGCAGACUUGGGGUUGUGAUGUAGGUUGCUGUUGCUGCUUUUCCUCCUCAUCUUAGAGCCAGUUGGAGCACCCAGAGUCCCCCAGAACUUCCCCUUGGAUACCUCUCUUGGGGUGUCAGCUGUGUGGGGUGUCCUCACACCACAGCCGGGGCUCUACAGCAAUCCCUGGGGUGAAAGCUGAGUGCAAACCUGAUGGCACAGGCAGAACAAAGUAGCUUCUCCCAUUUUAUAAUGUCAUGGCUGGGCUGGUCCCAUCACCAAUGUUCUUCAUUUGUUCUUGCAUCGAGGUAGUGUUGAUUCUAGUUGAAGAGUGCAAUUUUAUUUUGUUUUGUGUUUGGGUUUUUUUUUUGUUCGUUUGUUUGUUUUCUUUAAUAAAUAAAUUUGGUUUAAAGCUUCACACUGGCAUUUUUACAGACCUGUUUUUGUCAGCAUAAGCCACCGCUGUCCUGAGUUGAGACUCCUGUUUGUUACUGAAUCAAAUUAAUGGAACUGUAUUAAUGAUUUGGAAAGAAAUGAAAGGCAACUAUAUUGGCAGGGGAGGGGUGGGAAAAGAUAAAAUACGAGGGGAAAAAGUGUUUCUAAUAAGGCCAUAAAUUAUUUGAUCUGACACUGCAGGUGCUUUCUCUGUAUAGAUGGUUUUAAUACAUCACUGCUCUGUGUUAGGAUUUUUCAUUAGUGAGAAAAGUUGAGUUUUACACUCCGUGACGAUGGCAGUCUGUAUCCUGAAGCCAGUGAUCCCCCAAAGCAAGACAAACACAUGCCAUGUGAUUGCUGUACUGGAGGCACUUUGUACCUUUCUUUCUCAGUCCCUGUUUGCUGGAGGGGAGGGAGAAUCGCAUGGCAUUGCCAAAACCCCAUCGCCAUCCUUGGGGGCAUCAAAUUGUGUUCUGGGUCUGGAUCCCCUGAGCAUCCAGGUUGGGCUUGUCUGUCCUAUAGAAGCAGGACAGGAGAAAAUACUGCAGUCACUGGAACUUAGCCUAUAACCAUUAGCAAACUGAAGCAAAUAAGAAGGGAAUUUAAAAUAAACCUUUAAAAAUAUGAGAUAUUUCAGCGAGUAGGCAAUGUUUAUUGGCUGUCUUAGAUUUUCAUGGUGGGGGGAUGUUAUAAUUGUUUCCAGUCUUAAGGAGAAUUUUUUUUGUCCCUUGCUGAAGGGGCUUGCUCAUUACUCGUGGUGGGUUCAAACCUGGCGUAUUGCGGAAGCAGAGUGUGUGGAGCAUUACAAUGGCUUUUCUGUACUGGGGAUACAAGCUGACUGUUAUGAGGUCAAUAGUGCACGGAGUAAGUGCAUUUCUGGUGUCUGGCUCGCAUCAUGCUGCAUCAGUGCUGUUGCUGCACUGCAGGUUUAAUUGCAGGCAGUGAUAUUAGUUGCUUUGCUCCCAGUGUUUGCUGAGAAUCAAACCAAUUAGAUGUCUCAGUUAGGAGUUGGUAUCACAUUUUCACAUCAGAAGUCUUGCCUGCAGUUUGAUUGCUGCUUUGGUCAAAGCUCAGAUACAGAUAUUUCUGUUGGGCACAUAUAUCUGUGGCUGCUUCCAAAACUGUUAAUUAGCUCAAAUGAUUUCUGGAAACAGUAGGUAGUUAAUGGGAGUCUAAACCUGUUGCUGAAUGAAGGCUGGAAUCUGUCUGAGUGGUUGUGCUCCCCUCUACUAAGAGAGCACGUCUGGUCUGGAAAGCCUUACGGUUUUUAGUGUCCCAAAUUUGUGUUUGAUGACAAAAAUCAGUCUAGGCCUGGUCCAAAUGAGGUUUUGCAGUGGGUUUCCUGAGUUGUUGAUGUUCUUAAUAUUAGACGCUGUUGUCGUUUUUGUGUCGGUGUAGCACUCCAUUUUCUAGCAGAUAGGUGGUGGGAAUGUACUUGGUGGGGGCUUGGGAGAGCAUGUCGGUGACCAGAGACAGAGAAACGUGUGGUUGGUUUUAGUGUGCGUGUGAUCAAGGUGGUGAUGCUUUUUUGUUUGUUAUUUUUGUUGUUGUUUUUAACACGGGAACCAUUCUGUCUGUUCUGCUUGGGAAAACGUCCAGAAGUUGUUGUGGUUUCUGUCGUGGUGUAUAUGGAAAAGGAAUACAUGAGAACUGUUUUGUUUUCAUAUGGAGAGAGUUUUUAGGCGGGAGUCCGUUCCAUUUGUUCUGGGAUGUGAGUUAAGCCGAGAGGUAAAGAAAAUGAGUUGUGGGAAGCCCUUUUUAUUGUAACAGCUUUGGACCAUGUUUGCUUGUAGCCUGUGGUCCAGCUCUAUUGAAGGCAGUGAAUAUUGGUCAUAGUGCACGUUUGAGCUUUUUGACCAAAUAUUGAUUCCUUCAGAGCUGACAGGUAUUUUGACGUUCAUGGCAUCAACCAUUAAUGUACCUACAGCAGAUGGGAAGCUAUAAGCAGAAAUAAGUACUGCAGCCUCAUGGAGUGCCCAGGUUUUGUUUAAUGAACUUGAGCUGGUGACCAACAUGACUUUGUACAGUGAACAGCUCCUGAUAGAGCCCAAAUGUAUUUGGCUCUUUGAGAUGCUUUCCUAGGACUGCAAAUCCGGUGUAUGAUAGACAAUAUUGGCCUUCCAGUCAUCCCAGUCAAAACUGAAAGCCAGAAAAUGUCAUCUUUCAUGCAGUGGUAUCUCUUGCCAUUGGUGGCAUGAGUUAUCAUACAAAAUGUCCCUGUCUGAACUGGCACAAAACAGAAGACCUCUUUGUGACCAGUCUGAGUCUGCACGUAAAACUUGGUAGAUUCGAUGCAGGUCAGAUUUGUAGGUAGAAAAGAUGAGUAACUCCUUUAUAGACUAACAUGAGAAUGUAGUUCUCAUUUUUGCCAAGCAAUCCUGUAGAAAUGUCCCCCAAGGUUUAGCACAGAUCCUUUGGGGACCUGUGAGUCUUUAGCAGAUACAUACGGUACUGUGGGCCUGAUCCCGUGACUGAGACAGGAGGAGCGCAUCUCCGUCAGAUGCACAUGUGAAGGAAUGAUCUUAGCACAGUGUUGCCAUUGCUCUAGAUUUGUCAGUGGGGGGACAACGGUUGUGCAAAUUGUUACCUUCCCCCUAAUCCAGACUUGCAGAUUUGAUUUUAGUGCCCAGUCCAGAAAUGGUUCAGAGCUGCCCUCUUUUCCAUGGCUACCCAACAGCCACAUGCUGUGGCCAAGCGCUUGCUCAGAGAACUGCAAUACAGUGUAAAGCAAUGGGAGUUUGGGUGUUUUUUUCCCAGGUGCUGAGGCAAUGUAGUAAAAGCAAAUGUUUUGGCGUGGGAUUUUAAUAGUGUCUUUGCAUGUAGAACUGAGAAUCUGCAUGGGUUGCUCAACAGAGAAUGAGAAAAAUGUCUCAGGCAGUUGUGCAUGUGAAGAUGCAGAGCAAGAACUCAAUAUUGCUGUGCCUGUGAGUAGAUCUCAGCAUCCCACUUUAGGCACUUACCAGAGCUUGGAGGUGAUCAGCAUCUAAUAAUAGGCAAUCAGGACUGCUCACCUUCCCGCGUGCUCAGGACUGGCGGAGGUUACGAGGGAUGGAAUCUGGGGGCUGUUCCCUCAGCGUUAUUACAGGUUCUUGCAAUGUGAACCUCUAACAUCUUCAAAGACUCAGGCAGAAGGGAUUUGCUAAACAGACUGUAUCUGUCAUCUCCCAGUUCACUGAUUGCUUGGACCAAAGGUGGUGCUAAAUCUGAUCUUCGUCUGUAAUAUUUAUAUUUUUGGACUUUUUUUUAAGUGUUUGAUCAAACAGAUGCAGUGUCCUUACAUGAGAGGUUUAUUCCCAGCUUGGGACUUGGCAAAACUCACUGGACCUUCAGGGUCCAGAAUGGUUGCUUGUUAACAUUUGAGCAGGCUUGCAGUGUUCCGGGGGGAGGUGGGAAAGGGUACUCUAUCUUCAAAUGUUUGCAGACUGUAAGAAUUGACUUGUGAUUUUUUUUUUUUAAUUAAUUUUGUAUUUUGUUUACAUUGUCUCUUAUGCCCUAAGGAAAAAUAAAUUUUUGACAUUUUUAA